AUGGGCGCGGCUCGGGUCAUCACGACCUGCUCCGAGACGCACGCGAGCUUCGUUCGGAAGUUGGGCGCGGAUCAGGUCAUCGACUACCACAAGCAGAACUACUACGACGUGCUCCCGCCGAAGUCCGUUGACGUAGUCUACGAUUGUGUCGGCCUCGACGGCACAGGAGAUCAUGCCUUUGGGAUCAUCAAGACCCACGGCAGCUUCGUAACGCUCUUGCAGGGUGCGAAGGCCUCGAUUUCCACGAGAGUUUCGCGCCCGGAUGUGCGUCAGUAUGCGCCAACAUGCACCUGGCCUUCUUGA